AUGGACCUUGAACGGAGCGGCCCUAGAGUCCGGAAUAUCGAAGACAACGAUCAAGUGGCCAGGCUGCAAGGCCACGAUAUUGACGCUUCAACACCCCUGUGGCAGCAUGACAAGGCCUGGAUCCGCCGUCCAGCCCAGCUCGUACGCGCAGCUUGGCAGUCGCAGUUUCUGUCGAAGCUCAGCUUCAUCACGAGCCACUACGUCUACUUCAUCAUCGUCUGCUUGAUAGCUUCACUCAUCUUCUGGGGCUCGUCAUCCGGCAUCAGCUACGUCGACAGCCUGUUCCUAGUCGUCUCCGCCAUGACAGCUACUGGUCUUACCACGGUUAACCUGAGCCAGGCGACAACGGGGCAGCAGGUUCUCCUCUUUUUACUCAUCAUAUUCGGUAGCCGGAUCUGGAUCUCGAUCUGCAUCGUGUACUCUCGCAAGCGGAGAUUCAACAAACGCUUCGAUGAAAUAGUCCGCGAGGCACGCAUGAGGAGAAGGGAUCGUUCACCGCCCCGAUUUGCGCCUUCUCCAUCGCCUCCUCCCGCAGCAGAGACUGCGGGAGACUCUCGAGCCGGGGAAAAAGACGACGACGAGGUUCCCUAUCUCUCUUGGACUCCCACUAUUGGUCGAAAUAGCCAAUUCUAUAAACUCACUAGCGAGCAACGCGACGAGCUAGGCGGCAUCGAGUUUCGCGCCCUGAAGUUGCUUCUCAAGAUCUUGUUGCUGUACUUCUUCUUUUGGCAGUUUCUAGGUUGCAUUUCCCUCGGCUCAUGGAUCAACAACAACAAACCAGCCCUGGACGACAGCCCCAACCUCUGGUGGCUGGGCAUCUUCAACGGCGUAUCGGCCUUCAAUAACUCGGGCAUGUCUCUGCUGGACGCUAGCAUGGUCCCCUUCCAGCGCUCAUACUUUGUCCUUAUCACCAUGGGUCUGAUGAUCCUUGCUGGGCGCACGGCAUUCCCCAUCUUCUUGAGACUCGUCCUCUGGUGCCUUGUCAAGAUCAUGCGCCUGAUGGGAAGAGAGUAUUCUAGCUCAGGGGAAGCCUUGCACUUCAUCUUAGACCAUCCCCGGCGCGUCUAUGUUUAUCUCUGGCCUAGAGGUGUGACCUGGUAUCUCUUGUCCGUACUCAUCUUUCUCAACGCGGUCAACUGGGUCGGCUUCAUCCUCUUCAGCCUCAACAACCCCGAAAUCGAGAGCAUCCCGACGGGGCCGCGUGUUCUUGCUGGUCUAUUCCAAGCCCUGUGUAAGUCUACGAAGCCUGACAACGCUUACUGCUCAAUCACUAGACUAACUACUGUCUGCUGGAUGACAGCCAUUCGCUUUGGAGGCUUCCACAUCACCAACAUUGCCAACCUCCACAUUGGCUUACAAGUCUUGUACGCAAUCGCAAUGCUCAUCCUUACCUACCCGAUCAGACUUAGCGUAAGACGAACGAACGUAUAUGAAGAGCGGUCACUCGGCAUCUUCACUUCCCAAAAUGAUCAUGAUCCCACCCAGAAUGAGGGUCAAAACACCCUCAUCGACGAGCUCAGACACUUCCGACGACGGAAUCGGGGAUCUGUGCGCCAUGACGCCUGGGCCCUGAUGCUCGCCGUUCUUGUCAUCACAACCAUCGAGUCGGGCCAAUUUCGCCGGGAUCCCGUCCACUACUCCGUCUUCAACAUCUUGUUUGAGGUUGUAUCGGCGUACGGCUGUGUUGGCAUUAGCGUAGGACUACCGGACGCGAAUUAUUCCUUCAGUGGUGGGUGGCAUGCCGCCAGCAAGGUAAUCCUUUGUGCCGUCAUGCUACGAGGGAGACAUCGCGGCCUUCCCGAAGCAAUUGAUCGGGCUAUUUUGCUGCCGAGUGAAGGGCGGUUCGGCGGGGAAGAAGAAGCAGAAGAAGAAGAAGACAUCCCCCGGAGACGUCGUAUGGAUGGCGAGGAUGGGAUUUUCGCGGCAGACCCUGAUGAAGCACAACCUGAGAAUUUGCUUAUUACUAGGUUUUUACACCCAGGUCCUGGAGAAAGGGUGUAA